GUUUUUCAUUGAAAAGGCAAUAUUAAGACCUUUCUUACCAUUAAUUCUUGUUCCCAGCAGUUUAACAUUAGAAAAUAACUAAGAUAAGAGUAAUACAAUUAAGAGAAUAAGAGAAUCAAUCUACAGGGGCGCCAAAAAAUGUCUUGCUUGUUUGGGUAAAUGUGAAAAAUGUUAGCUAUUGAAAAGUCAAGGUAUUUUGACCAAAUUGUUAUUUAUAUUAUAUUCCAAUAUUGAGCCGAAGCGAUUGUAACUACAAAAGGAAUAUUCCAAAUGAGUUAUGACAGAAAUCAUAGUACAAACCACCAAAAAAUAGAAGAAACAGAAAUACACAACUAUUUUGAAGCACAAGGCAUAAGAGACGAUAAAGAGAAUAAGAAAAGCAUAACAAAGGCCUGCUUAUUUUGAUCUAGGAUUUGUUUUCUUGCACCUAAAACCAUAACAUGAUCCUAUUUGAAGUGAAGAUUUUGAAAAGAUCUAUAUAACAGUUAUGGUGUUGCUCAUUUGAGGCAAAUUAAUCAUAGCAACAUCGUAGUACUAAAAGGAAUAAGAUUUUGAAUUUUGAGAACUGAACAGCUAAGCAUCUAAAGAGGCAUAAUGGGUGUGCAUGAUGUAUCACAAAGGUGGGAUGCGAAAAGGGUUUCUGGAAAGCUUCUCAUUGCUAUGCUUCUUCUUGUCACAGUCUCCGCCGAGAACACGAGCUCACAGUCCAAUCACACAGUAGGGGAUGAUACCAAUGCUAAAGUAUUCUACCACCACACUUGGCCGAGUAUGAAAUUUGGAUGGAAAAUAAUAGUAGGAAGCAUAGUUGGAUUCCUAGGAUCAGCAUUUGGGAAUAUUGGAGGUGUUGGUGGGGGUGGCAUCUUUGUGCCCAUGCUUACCCUCAUUAUUGGAUUUGAUACAAAAUCUGCAAUAGCAAUAUCAAAAUGUAAGAACUACCAUUCUGCCCCCUUUAUUAUUCGAUAUUAAUACGCUUUCAUGAAAAUCCGAUAACACAAAAUCUGUUGAUAUUAUUAGUAGCAUCACAUUAUUUGCUCUGUACUUUUGUUAUUUUUCAGCUACUGUUUCUAUUAUAACUCUUUUGAAACUUACAUGGGUGGAGUAUAU